GAGACGAUGCUGGGCCUGUAGCUGCUGGCUACGUGACAAAGAAGCUUUUAAAGGGCCCAAUCUCGGCUGGACCUUCAACCUUGUGCAGCCUCGCCGGAGAGGGCCCUAAUUCGAGGUUUCCAGAAGCGAGCGCCUGCCAGAAACUCAGAGCAACAACGUUGUGACGCUUGCUUCGAGUCUCCAUCUGUUGCCUUGUUGACGGUGACUUUGUUCAAUGAAGCCACGGUGACAUCCCCAACUCUAAAUUAGGGUUUUGAUACCGGAAAAUGUCAACCGGGAGAUCGAAGAGCAUUACGGAAGGCGACAUGCAGGUUGUGGUGGUGCCGGAGAAGCCGCCACCGGCCCUGCCGCCGCGUCCCUUGACGGUUGCUCCUUCAUCCGGUGCGAUCGUGGAGUACAAGCCGGCCGGCCCCAAUGAGGAGGAGGAAGACCUCGAGGUGAAGCUCCGGCGGAUCAUCGACCACGUCCCCGUCCGCGUAAGCAACACUUCUGGCAGCUCCGCCGGUUCCGGGUCUGGCGACUUCCACCAGUACCGGCAGAUGAGGCGGAAGGAACAGGACCGGCUCACCAGGAUGGAUGUUGACUUCCAGAAAAAGAAGGAAUUGGCGGAGUUCAAUAUGAGAAGGGAGGAAAGAAUGAAAGCUGCAGAGGAGCGGACAGCAAAAAAGCGGUUAAAACGCCAAAAGAAAAAGCAGAGGAAGCAAGAGAAGAAGAGCAAGUUGAAUGCUGGUGGAGAAGAGCACCGACAAGAGGAGUCUUCGGAUGAUGAUGGGGACUCCGAUAAUGGUGAGGAGUUGGUUAAAUGAACAAACUUUGCGACUCUCUAUUCCUGUCCAGGAAAAUGGAACCAGGGAGCAGGCCAACUUCCAUUGGUAAUUAUGCGAGUUGGAUUCCUCGACUUGUUUGUAUUUUGGAAAUCUGAGCAGUUGGAAGUAUCAGGGAUGGUGAAAUUUUUUAUGUUAAAAGAUCAAAUCCUUUGUUAAUCCUUAUGCUGAAUGGAGAAGCUUCCAUUUCUGUUUUGACUGUCCAGAAAGAAAAAUCUUGCUAGCAGUUGGUAGCAGUUGUAAGGUUUAAUCAUCAGUAUUUGUUGAGCGUGGUUUCUCCACCUUCACUUCACUUCACUUCAACGAAAGUAUGUAAAGAAGCAUAUACGGUUAGUUCUGGCAUUAA